CCUACAGUGUACAGCACAUUCAUAGAGGAGCAGAAGAGAGAGACUUGGGAGCGCAGCAAACACUGAAAAGAUCUGUGGAGACAAGAGAGGAGAGCAGACCAAAAGGACGGGCCGGGCUGAAGAUGUUGCCUUUGUCCUGGUUCCUCGUGGCAGUGACAGCCCACGUGUGCUACUCCUCCGGGGGCUCCGAGUGCUGGCAGAGCUCUGUCUGUGCCAACCUGAGUAACAAGCAGCGCAUCCUGGAGUGCAUUCAGGUGUGCAUGUCUGAGAUGCACAAUGACAACCCACAGAGCACAGAUGUUGACGAUGCAGACGCGCCUCUCGGUCUGGUGCAGAACGACCUAACAUCCGACGACCGGACCCUAAAGGCCGUCAGACCGGACAGCCACAGCAACGAGAGGCGCUCCUACUCCAUGGAGCACUUCCGCUGGGGCAAACCGUCCGGCCGUAAACGCAGGCCUGUUAAAGUCUUCGCCUCCUCCCUAGAAGGAGGAGGCUCUGUCGAAGGCGUCUCCCCGUUGCAUGCCCGGAGAAGGCAACUCAGAGCCUACGAGAAGCGCAACGGAGACGCGCAACAAGGACUGCGCGCAAAGUCAUCCUACACGCCGUACAGCCAACAGGAGAGGAAGGACGGCACGUACCGCAUGAGCCACUUCAGAUGGGGGAGUCCACCUGCAACGAAACGAAACGGCAACUUUCUGAAGCAGUGGCAGGAGGAGAAGCCGCAGAGCCCACUGACCAAGCUCCUCAGGAACUUUAUGGCCAAAGAUAUGGCGAGGAUGGUGGGAUAAGUCCGUCACGUGGGUUGGGGUGUGUCUUUUGCAUGUUAGUAGGUCUACAGAACAUCUGAAAAAAGUCACUCUCCUUAGUACAAUGUCCUCUGGGCCAAAGAUUCUCAACAACAUAUCCAGAACCUCUGAGGCCAGAUAACGGGAAAUUUCAAGCUCAAUAAAGCAAUCACGCAUCCACCAUCCACUCUGUCCGUGCCCAUGACUUGAAAGGCCUUUGUUAUAUUUUUUUUUCUCGUGAAUCUACAGGAAAGUCUGAAGAUUGGAAUAAGCUGAGCUAGUUGUAAAUGUACUUAGAGCAUAUCAAAAACAUACAGUUUACUUACUGUGUUAUUUUUUGUAAAUCGAUGCAUUAAAAGAAAUAUAUGGCAAGCUUUAGUUUAAUAGUUGUCAUUUUAUACGAGACAUUGCAAUUUCCUCUAGAGGAAGAGUUUAGUCUUUCUGGUUUUGGGCCAUUGAAAAUACCUCCACUCACCUUCCCCCGCUGAGUCUUUUUAACCCUCUGCAGGAAGAAAGGUCAUUUCAGCACAACCUUUUAUCCCAGACUGUUUAUCUAUGAGUAAAGUGGGCAGGCCAAAGCAAAUAAAAGGGCACAGAGGUGAACUCACUCAUUUUUGUAUAGUGCUUUCCUAUCUUCAAGGUACUCAAAGAGCUUUACAUCAUGGAAGCACUCACACAUUCACACACACAUUCAUACGCAGCUAGUGGGGGCAAAGAGCUUAAGUGUCUUGCCCAAGGACACAAUGACAGCAUUCAUCGUGGGAGCUGGAAUCACACCAUCUACCUGUGGGUUUAUGGAUCUGACAGCUUAAUCAAUGAUGUUUAUACCAAGAGCGGGAUUUGAACCACCAACCUUCAGAUCAGUGAACAAACCCUCUACCAACUUAGCUACUGUUGAAAAUACACUUUUUUUUUUACCCCAAAAAAUUAAUUCUGCAUCUUUUGACCUGAAUAAGACCUGAGCCCACAGCUACAUUAGUUACAUCAUUGAGAUAGCUGAAAAAUACUUGACUCACAGGGAGGAUAAACGCAACACAAGAAUCAAUCUUAUCCAUUUAUUGUUCAACAGGGCAACAGAGCAUGCACAGUCAAGUAUGACACUCAUAAGGCAUUUUCUCCUCAUCAAAGCUGCCUUUGUCAGAAGUGUAUCCAGCUUUUAAAGUGCAAAUUUCACAGAAGUAUGACCUAAAUCACAUAACAGACACUGGUUUGUAGUUUGCACUUGUGAUGACAAAAUAAGGAAGGAUUAACCUCUCACCAUUACAUUACACUAUGCAAUGACAACAGGCAGAAACACAGAUUUAUUGACAAGUUGUUAGAUUUUUGAGCAAACAUAAGUGAUUGCAAAGUUAGGUUGCACAAUGCUCUUUGUUCACUUGGUCCUGGGUCACAUGAAAAACAAUUUUUAAAGUGUAGUUGGAUUUUGACACAUUUGGACAAACCAUCCACAAUCGGACACACACCUGCACUGACAGAGGACAUCGCACAUGACAAAUACAAACAUGUAAAAAACAAAACAAAACAAAAGUGUUAUAAAGGACAUGAUAUCAGGGACACACCAGAUCAUUUAACUUACUUCAAAUGUCAC